GUAGAAUAAUAUCAGUCCAAAAACCACCAUCAAGUCUGACACAGAGCGAUGACAUUAAUGAAUUGAUAGUGUUAGACAUGACAAAUUCAUUCAAUUCUUCAAACCCUCCGCUGAAUGCUAUUACUAGUAACGCGCAAAAUAUUUCUUUUCAUGGUAUGUCGACGGGAGGUUCUAAUAAUGAUUUGAUGGUUGUAUGGGGUGGUGAAACAGUAAAUUCCACGGAUUCCAUUUUAUUAUUAUAUUUUGACACAAAAAAUCAACAAAUGAAUACUCAAAGUCCUUUGAAUCCGCCUCCUGGAAGAAUCGGACAUUCAAUGGUUACUAGAGUCAAUGAUUCUAUGGUCUAUAUAUUUGGUGGAUAUGACGGUACAUCUGGAGAGCUGCUAGGUCAACCAUCACAAACAGGCAGUUUUCAUAACGAGUUGUAUAAAUUGGAUACAAGGAGCAACAACAUCAAUUUUAUAGCUAUAACUAGUCAGUCGAGCACAUUACCACAAAGGAGAGCACAACAUUCGGCUACAAUUCUGAGUAAUGGAAAAAUUUAUAUAAUCGGUGGUCUAACUUUUAAUGAUACUAUUGGACAGUUAGGUUUAGUUCCGAUGUCUGAGAUUGAUAUUUUUGAUACCAUAAGUGACAGUUGGUCUAAGGUUAUAGUUGCAUCUGCAAACCUACCUCAAGAUCGAAGACUUCAUGGAGCUGUUGGAACAUCUAGCAACAAGAUUAUAAUAUUUGGAGGUGCAGAUUUAAAUUUGCGAAAAUAUCAGGAUAUUGCUGUAUUAGAUACACUUAAUGAUAAUUUAUCUUGGACUAAGCCCACAACAAACGGAGAUUUACCCUCAGCUCGUUAUUCCCAUACUUUUACUAUAGUAGGAAACAAUGCUAUUGUUGCAUAUG